AUGGCAACACCAGCAAGUCAUGUCCGCGCUUCCUCAUGCGCUCACAAAGGCAAUGCACAUGACCACACACACGAUCACGACGUCGACGAGCUCAACGAGAUGGACCUGGCUUUUGAUCCAACGCUGGCCUCGUGCUGCGAGCGCGAUGAGCACGAGUACAAGAAGGCCAUGAAGCUCAAAGCCGUGUUGACAGCGCACGACCCCACAUCCAGCGCAGUGCGGAUGCGUCAGCAGCUGUUCCAGCCGCCGGCAACAGUCACAACGCACUCAUCGGUGGUCGUGCCUCAAGUUGCACAGCCACAGCAGCCACAAAUAUCCGAUUCAGAGUCGGACUCGGACGACUUCGACGUUAGUGACGAUGAGUUCGGCAUGGAAGCGAUGCUGGCCGCUCGUCGCAAGCAGCUCGAGCAGCAAUUCCAGAAAGCUGCGCAGGAUGCUGUCGAUGGAUACGGAGUAGUGCUGGAUGUAGCACUACCACAGCUCGUGCAGGAACUACAGAAGGAACCGGAGGUGCCACGGGUGGUGUUUGUGGUGGACAGCACAGCUGAAGCUUCCGAGUUCUUGCAAGCCAUGUGCCGUGAGAUUGCUGCAGUAGCACAGCAGUUUCUAGGAACAAAGUUCUACGUAGCAAUGGCAGCACGCGACGAAGACGCGUUGCGACAAUUGGGUUUGGCGUCGGUGCCAGCCUUGGCAGCGUUCCGCCGUGGCGAGUGCGUGGACUCCGUUGCGCUGGACCCAAAAGCAUCAAUCACAAAGCUUGAGGUCCUCUGGGAGGCUCGCUUCUUACCGUGGCUGGCCAAGUGUAAUGUGCUGACCAGUGAGCGUCAAGCUUCUCAGAAUAGUCAGAGCAAGUCACGCUGGAAGAAACCAGCGGACGAGGAUGAGACGGAACGUGAGGGUUUUGACUGCGGUGUGGAGAACUGCCGCCUGCGAUUCGGUUACGAACACGAACACGUAGGGACUUCGCAACAAACCAAGGACGAGAUCGCAGCGUGGCGCCAGAGCUCCGCCUAA